AUGCGCGGGAAAUUUACAACAUUUUGUUUACAACUUUACUACGCAAGAAUGAGUCUACGACGCGAUGAUGAAUACUAUGAGGAUCAAUUAAACAGUGUUCAUAGAAAUGAAGCCUAUUUAGAAGACGUUGAUGACCCAUCAUCAAGUAAUAAUUCCGAUGUUUCAUCCGAUGAAGAAGAGGACAAGCUAGAUACGAAGAGCUCCAUUGCUGAGAGUGAGGGUGAUAUGUUUGCCAGUGAAGACGAAGAAAAGGACAAACCACAAGAACAAUCAACGGAUGGAAGCGACGAUGAUAUGUUUGCCAGCGAUGACGACGCGAACCUGGCAAAACAGCCCAAACAAGUUCAAUUUUCCAAUAAUAACCAAACCAUACACCUACAACCUAACUCAAGUGGCAGUUCCAACGAUCAAUCGGAACUAGAAUCAGAUAAUGACGAAUCUAUAAACGACUAUUACAUCAAUACAGAAGAAUUCACAACCUCACAACAACCAAACAAAAAAAAACAACCCAAAAUUGAAGCAUUCAACAUGACCCAAGAAGAACGAGAUGGUCAUUUCAAUAAAGUGGGAGACUAUAUCCCCAAUGAAGUUGAAUCCGAUCUGGAUAAAUCUCAAGAUGAAGAUUCAUGGGCUAGUGACUAUACUAAAUCUGAUAUACGUAAAGCCAAAUUAGCUCAAGCUAAACGACAACAAGAUUCUAAUGAACAGAAUACGACGAAGAAUGUCAAUAUGGAUCCAAUUGAGGUUAUUUUGGCUUCUUUGAUUGAGUUAUUGGAACCAGUUGAAACUCCAAUGGAAGCUUUGGCUCGAUUAAAUUCUCAACUAAGGAAGAGCCAAAAGAGUAAGAAAAAAAGACAAACAGACAAGAACAGGCUAGAUUUAUCCAUUAUCAAAGAGUCCAUAUCUCAAAUCACUAAUCUUUGUUCAAUCUUAAUCAAUGAAAAGCAAAUGGAUGAUGAUGAGGUAUACGAUAUGACAAGAGAAGAAUUCAUGAGGAAAUAUCAACGUGAAACAGGUCAAGAAUACAGUCGAGCAAAGCUCAAACGAUCACGAAUUGAUGAUGAUGAACAAUCCAAUGGACAUAAUGGAACAUACCAACAACAGCAACAAGAAGCCCCUGACGAUGAUGAUGUAGAUUAUGGUGAAAAAAUCUGGGAGUUCAGAUGGUUAAACGAUAAAACUGACAGCAUUAAUGGUCCAUUUUCAGAGUACGAAAUGUAUCAUUGGAAACAGAAUUAUUUUGAAAAUAAUGUUGAAGCUCGUAAACUUGGAGAUGUUGAAUUCAAAAGUAUACAAGAUAUACAAUUUAACAAAGAAUCGUAA